AUGGGUACGCGCAGGCCCGAAACUGGGGUGUUUCGCGGGAGCCGCGUGCGUGCGAGCACCGCACCGCCGAAACGGGCGACGCCACAGCAGCAGACUCCCACGCUUCGCCCCAUGCAGUUACCUGCCUCGCAUGUUUCACGGACCGGCAGUGGUACGCGGGACGCCGCAAGAACCGCGGCGCUCUACGGCAGACCGUGUUACCAACACCCUUUCGCUCUGCGAGUGGCUUCUAGGGUCACGGCGCCUUAA